GCAAAUAUCUCGCUACUACCCGUAGUUAUGGUCGAUCGCGGCAGUGCAUCGGGUUCUCCCGUUAUGCACUCCAGAUCACGAGUUGAUCGUCCUCGAAAAAGGCACCGAGAUAGUAGCAGUGCCUCAAGUCGAGCCAGUUCCCCUGGUUCUUUCCUAGUCAGUGAGAUCAAACGCAAUGGGCGAAACGAAGAUAUUCGUAGGCGCGAUGAACAAAGAGCUGAAGAAGACCGGAUUCUGCGUCAACGGUGGGCAGAAUCCAAACUUCUUGAAGAGGAAGUUGCUCGACGCUUGGAGCGUUACUUAGACUCUGAGCUAGCAAAGUUGCUUGUUUUACGAAGAGUUCAGUUUAAUGCUGAAGUUGAACGACGAGUGGAAGCUGAACGAACUGAAGUAUUACGCCGAAGAGCUGAAGAAGCUGAACGUAAAGCUAAAGAAGAAGCAGAGGCUUUACAACGCCGUGAAGAAGAAGAAAAGCGAUUAAAAGAGCUCAGUGAACGUUUAGCUCAAGAAAGGGAACGCGAACUCAACGAACAAAGGCGUUUAGAAGAAGAAGCUGAGCGUAAACGUUGUGAAGCAGAACUACGUGAACUUGAGGAACGUCAGCGACGAGAAGCUGAAGAACUUCAACGCAUCAAACGAGAACAAGAAAUUAUUUUAAAUAAAAAACGAAUUCGACCAAAAUUAUCGUUUACACUUAAAAAGUGAAUGUGUUUCCUUUUUUUUUCUUUUCACAUCAAGUCCAUAAUUUUAUCAUUUAUCUUUUUUUAUCUUGUUAUUAUGCUUUAUUUCCCAUACUGGUCAUUUUAUCAACCGAAAUAACCUGAAAUACAUGCUCAUACUGGUAUUAUAUAUAUAUAUAUAUAUAUAU